GGCACAUUUAGCGGGUCAUUGGGUUAUUAGCAAGCAGUGUGUGAGGCGGUAUGUUGCCGCGACGCUGCGGCUAGCCAUGCAGGUUCCCCUGUCGGUGGCCGUGGCCGUCGCUGCGGUGGCGGUGACGCUGACGAUCGGUGUCCGAGCGAGCGAGUUCCCCGAGCGAGAAUGUUGUGACCCCGUGUAUCCGCUACCUGCGGUGUCCGCCUCCGUCACGCCGGACCCGCCGAGCUCGGUCUCCGCGUCUUCUGCUGUCACGCAAGAAACACACACAGGUCAUCCAAUGAAGAGCAAAAUGGAGACCCUGAAUUGUCUGCUGGCUAGACAGUUGUGCUUCGAAGACCCUUCGUGUUCUCCCAUUCUGGAGACGAUCCCGAGGGUGUGCGGCGCAGAGUUCGUUUCGUGUUCGACUGUAACGGUCACAAAAUGCCAAGCCGCCCUCAGGACUCUACAGCUGUUCCCGCUAUUCAAGCCAACGUGUUUGUGUCGGGAACCUCAAUUGGACCAGGAGUGCAACUCUUUCCGGAACUUUCUAUUCGAUCAUCCGUGCAUGUUCGUCACGAAAAAGGGGGACUUGGAGACUAUAGAGGCGCGCGGUGGUCUCCCCUGAACUGCCAUCACCUGUAGCACUUACACUACACUCUUAGAGCCUUUAGCUUGUACACUAGCUUGUAACAUGUGUCUUUGUGUAUUUUCUUACAGUUACUGCCAUAAUAUCGUUGUUGUAUUUUAAGCCACUUCAAUCCAUGACUACACAAUGUGUUCUUUUGCAUUCACAAAUAAUAAUAUUUCGACAUUUAAAACUUUUAACUCACUAUUAUUAAUAGCAGUUUGUGACCUUCUAAAGUGGUUUAAAUAGAAAACAAUGUAAUAAAUUAAAUUCCAUUUGUUUAGUUUAUUUCUUUUUUAUUGUUUAUAGCUUAUUUAUUAUUCGCAAGAACACAAAGUAUUUAUGUACAAAUAUUAAGAGUUCCUUUAUAAAAAUAUCCGUGAAGAAUAUUAUGGCAAUUUAAUUAAAAAUAUUAAAAGAUUUUAGUUUACUGUAAAAUGUCGUGUUUGGUAAUGAAAAUAAUUUAUGAACAAAAAAGUACAUUACUUAAUUCUUAAAAUCUCACAGUAACGAAUUUGUAUUUUUCCACUACAUUAAAAUCGGAUGUCUUAAGUCCAUGUGGCUAUAGUUUUAAUGACUACAUAAAUACAUCAAGAUUCAAAUAUUAAUUCUAUCAUUCAUAGAUUCUAUUCCACUUUUAACAAUAAAACAAAAAUUUUCGUUAAUAUUAAUUUAUUAUUACUUAAUAUUAUUUAUAUUACUUUAAACAUUUUCAUAUUAAAAUAAAGUUUUUGUAACAUUAUACUAUUGUAUUCAUUUACUAAGUACGAUUGAAAAAUUCAAAAUAAGGACUCAAAAUGAUGGCAAACCAUAGGGGUUACUGUGGAAAAGAAUAUUCUUAAAAUAUUAUACAUGUAUGUAUCCAUGUGAAAAAUUUAAGCGUGGCAUGCUUUCUUUUUACUAUCUUUGUGAAUCGUUACAAAAUCGGUUAUUAAGUUGUUUUCCUCUGACAAAACUGAGAAAAACCUAUGUGAGUAUUAUAAAGCACUGUAAACAAACCUUUAUAUGAUGCUAUUCUAAUACGCUAAAAAUUUAGAACUUAACAAAAAUUAACCUUCUUAACUUUAAUACAACUCUCCGGGAAAAAGGUUGGUCUUAAACGCAGAUUGUAUUACAUAAUCUUAAGGGAGACAUUUAAAUUUCUUGUUUCUCUGUAAACAGAAAAGUUUGUGUAAAAUUCCCAUUGGAAAACCUUAUACGUUUAUUAAUAUUUAACUGAAAAGCCUCCCAUGUUCUUCAGACUGAAAAUUUAUCCUCUACAUUUCAAAAACAUUAUUCAUUAUGUAAUUAUUUUUCGUACAGUCCUAAAACCCUUAACAAUUAACUUUAGUUUGAAAUAGUUACACUUCUGAUAUGCAUAACGUAUCAAAGUUGUUCAUUUCGUACUUUAAAAAUAACCAAUUUUGUAACCUGCUUACAAACUAAGUUCAUUUUAAUAGGUUAUUUCAACUUGAAUUGUGUGAUUUAAAUUGUUUGUGUGAAAAAAUAAACGUUAUUUCCAUGUGUUCCAAA